AUGGCAAUUAAGAGAAACCUAAUGAAAGAGCAUCAAGAAGCGAUCGUCCUUGAGAGCACGCCUACCAAAUUAAGUAUGAAAUGUUGCAAGUAUGAACAGGGUUGCCAGUGGAGGGUUAGGGGUCAUAGACAGCUUGAUGCCCAUGUGAUUGCUUCACUCGUACUAGGAAUGAUACGAAAAGAGCCAUCAGUCUCAAUUUCACUUGUUCAGGAGAGGAUCACCCAUGUGUAUGGUUUCAAAGUUUCUUACAGAAAGGCAUGGUAUGCAAAACAAAAAGCAAUGGCGAUCAUGUAUGGGGAUUGGGAGGAGUCUUAUGCAUUUUUGCCUAGGUGGUGUGAAUAUAUGCUUCGCUUUUCUCCAGGUUCUGUUUAUAAUAUUCAAACAGAUGAUUAUUUUGUUACAAACCGACUGGUACGUGAUAAACGAGUGUUUCAUCGCAUAUUUUGGACUUAUAAACAAUGUUGUGAGGCUUUCAAUUUUUGCAAACCAGUAAUUCAAAUCGAUGGCACUCAUUUGUAUGGAAAGUAUAAAGGGAAAUUAUUGAUUGCCACAGCUCAGGAUGGAAAUGCUGAAUGUUUGCCAUUAGCAUUUGCAAUUGUUGAAGGCGAGACUUUGGAAGCAUGGCAGUACUUCCUUGAUAACAUUCGUCGUCAUGUCACGCAAAAGCAAAACAUAUGUCUCAUUUCAGAUCGGCAUCGAAGCAUAUUAUCUGCUGUGGAGAGUCAUCGUGGUUGGCAGCCACCACAUGCCCAACAUGUGUUUUGCCUUCGCCAUAUUGCAAGUUAUACUCCUUCUGAGGUUGAUUUUGAUAUAGCCUUCGUAAAAUUUCGUGACAUUAGUCCUGAGAUUGCAGAUUGGAUUGAUCAGAUUCCAAAGGAAAAGGUUUUGAAGGGUGCAAGAAACAUGCCAAUAACUGGUUUGGUUAAGCAUACAUAUAGCAGGCUAGUUCAUUAUUUUGUGGAAAAAGGUCAAGCGGCUGCAGCACAACUUCAUGCUUCAAAUCGUCAUUGCAAAAAUAUAGUUGAAGCCAUGAAGUUUAAUGAGUCCCUUGCAACAGGUCACAAUGUGCGUACAUACAAUGUUGAUGAAAUUGUAUUUGAAGUGGACGAGGGUUAUGAGAGGUCGUCUUCUGUCAAUCUUCCACAGAAAUAUUGUCAAUGUGGAAAGUUCAAGGCUUUCAAGUACCCAUGUAGUCAUGCCUAUGCAGCGGCAUUAAGUGUUCGGCGAAAUGCGUUUGGAUAUGUGGACGAUGUGUUCUUGACAGAGAAUUUGGUUCAUGCAUACUCAUUUCUGUGGCAGCCAAUUGGUAACGAGGCUGCUAUUCCACCUUCGGUAGGUGUAGUUAUCAUACCCGACCGAACUAUGUUGCGUGCAAAAGGCCGUCCAAAGUCAACUAGGAUACGCAACGAGAUGGAUGAAGUUGAAGCCAGUCAAAGUCGAAUUAAGUGUGGUGUUUGUAAGCUACCUGGGCAUAAUCGCCACUCUUGUCCUAAUCGUUUACCUAAUCAGUGA